AUGACAGAAAUAAGAAGUAUCGGUUCUGAAACUUAUGGAGAGAACUCCUCAAAGCCUUUUCAGUCACUAGAGACUCUUUGUUUUGAAGAUUUGCCAGAAUGGAAGCAUUGGGAGCCUAUCGAUGAAAGUGAUCAUGAUGGAAUUUUGCCUCACCUCAGCAACCUUUCAAUUCUGAAAUGCCCCAAUCUCAUUGGAAAAUUACCUAGCAAUCUUCCUUCAUUGAAAGAACUUGUAAUUCGUGAAUGCCCGCAAUUGGUGGUUUUGUGCUCCAGCCUUCCAGUGCAGAGCAACUUAGACAUAGAUGGCAGCAAAGAGAUUGUGAGCAGUAAUCCAGUUGAUGUCAAUCCACAGAACCCUAUGACUUUAGGACAAGUUUCAGAGUUUGGUAAUUGGUUAAAGCAAGGGUACCAGAAAGUUGAACGGCUAAGUAUUAUUGAUUGCGAGAAACUCAUAUAUUUGUGGCAAAGUGAGACAUCUCUUGAGAAGCCUUCACAAGGGUUGCAUAGCUGCAGCUCCCUCAAAACACUAUGUAUUCAAGAUAGCCCAACUCUUGUUUCUUUUCUAGAGGACAGUUUUUUGCUGAGUCUAAGUGAACUUGAGAUUAUAAAUUGCCAUGCGUUAACAUCCUUACCUGAGGGAAUGAAGCAUGAAAAUACUUCUCUUGAAAGGCUGCAAAUUGAAGGUUGUCAUUCACUUGCAUUCAUUGUCAAAGGUCAGCUACCUCCAUCUCUAAAACAGCUAUCAAUAAAAGAUUGUGAGAAAUUGCAGUUUUUGUUUGGUGAUACAGAAGAAAAAUAUAGUGCCUCUACAUCUCUUCUUGAGGACUUGUGUAUCAAACAAUGUCCAUCUCUAACAUGCAUAUCACCAAGAGGCCAAUUACCCAUGGCACUCACACAGCUUAAAAUUCGGAAUUGCUCAAAGCUAGAGUCGAUAGCAGAGAGGUUCGACAGUAACAUGUCUAUUCGGACAAUAUUUAUCUCUGUAUGUGAACAUCUCAAUUCGUUACCAGAGGGCCUGUGCAAUCUUAACCGUCUUUAUCAAAUAACGGUAACGUCUUCAAACCUUGUUUCCUUCCCAGAAGGAGGGCUUCCCAAUACCAAUUUAUUUGUUUUUUUGAUUGACUGUGAGACGCUUAAAGCCCUGCCCGACGGUAUACACAAUCUCAGCUGUCUCCAAGCAUUAUCAAUAUCGGGUUGUCCAAGUAUCAAAUCGUUUCCAGAAGAAGGUUUCCCUACCAGCCUAAGAAUUCUGGGAAUUGGUGGUAAUCACGAAAUCUAUAAGCCUUUGAAGGGGUGGGGUUUGCACAAGUUCACCUGCCUUACAACCCUGUGGAUACAUGGAUGUCCAGAUGCAGUGUCUUUUCCCGAGGAUGAGAUAGGAAUGACGUUGCCCACCUCUCUAAUUGAUCUGCACAUUUCAGAAUUUCCUAAAUUGAAAUACUUAUCUUCCAGAGGUUUUCGUGACCUAACCUCUCUUGGAUUGUUGAGAAUUUAUAAUUGCCCAAAGCUUACAUCUUUUCCAGAGGAUGGCCUGCCAACUUCACUUGUGCAAUUACAAAUUCGAGAUUGUCCUUUGCUGAAAAAACAAUGCAAGAGAGAUAAAGGACGAGAAUGGUCUAAGAUAGCAAACAUGCCUUUUGUCGAAGUAGAUUCCCGAUUCAUCUAUGAACCAGAGGAGGAUGAAUGA